CAUAGAAACAACUACAUGUUCAAUGACUACAACAACAACUACAAGCAGUCCAACAACAACCACGACCACAACAACAAGCCAUCCACCAACCACAACAACAAGCCAUACAACAACUACAACGACAAGUCAUCCUCCAACCACCACCACAUCCCAUCCACCACCAACAACAACCACCACCACAUCCCAUCCACCAACUACAACAACCACAACAAGUCAUCCUCCAACCACAUCCACCACCACCACAUCACAUCCCCCAACCACCACCACAUCUCAUCCACCAACCACCACUACCACCACUACAUCUCAUCCACCAACCACCAGCACUACCACUACAUCUCAUCCACCAACCACCACCACAUCCCAUCCACCAACCACAACCACCACCACCACAUCCCAUCCACCAACAACAACCACAUCCCAUCCUCCAACCACAACAACUACCACAUCCCAUCCACCAACCACAACAACAACUACAACAAGUCCACCAACAACAACUACAUCUACUACAGUGACCACAACGAGUGUUACCCCAACACCCACCAGGACAACAGGUUGUAUUCACUACCCUGUCUGUACAAAUACCUCAUGGAUUGAUGUAAGUUAUCCAGAAUUUGGAGGAACUGGAGAUGAUGAAUCUUUUGUUAAUAUCAGAAGA